GCGUGGCUGCAGCGCCGCUUGCUGCCGGGGAAACGGAGUGCUGAGCUUCUACGGAGUAGUGCCGGUGGACUAGAAACUCCCGCCAUUUCGACGGAGAAUUAACCUCUUGUUUGAUUCAAGUUACUUUCUCACAACACUUACGGAGGAUGUUGUCUAGUAACAAGUAACUCGGACUUAACGCACAUGCAGCAACAACAUUUAAAACCAGAUCGGGAUUAAAUUGGCAAGACUUGUUUUGGACUGUUGAGUGUCAGAUCUGCUAAACUAAGCUUCUGCUGUUGCCGCGAGUUUGAUUUCGGUGCGGUUCGCAUCCUUUCGGGUUCAUCUGGAGGAGCUCAAAGUUUGCCGACUUUCUCGGGACACAACUCUGGUAACACCUUUUACAUCUUAAGGCACUCCGUAAAACCAGUAUGACACCACGACAAGAAGUGCUAAGGAUGGUGCGAUGAGGACAGUAGCAAGAAACGCACUGUUAUUGUUGUGCAACGAUAGCAACCCAACCUCCUAGCUAACCAGCUAGCUGCUGCACGUUGAGUGCCGGGCCUGCCGGCGGUAACGUGAGACGUGCUAUCUUUCGGCAGAAGUAUCACCGCCACUUGGACACAUGCUAAGGUCAUAUCAUUCUGUUUUAUUGGUCUAGUUCGCCGGUAUAAAAUUCCAGUUUACCUCUGGCACUCGUGCCAUCUCAGCAUUUGACAUGGCCCCGCUUUUGGGUCGGAAGCCUUACCCACUGGCUAAGCCGUUAGCCGAGCAACCAGGCCCGGGAGAGGAGGUCUACAUCAUCGAGCACACCAAGGAGGCCUUCAGGAACAAAGAAGAAUAUGAGGCACGUUUGCAGAGGUACAGUGAACGCAUCUGGACAUGCAAGAGCACCGGAAGCCUCCAGCUCACUCACAAAGAAGCAUGGGAGGAGGAACAAGAAGUCACAGAACUACUUCAGGAGGAAUACCCCGAGUGGUUUGAGAAGCCAGUCCUCGAGAUGGUCCACCACAACACCGUGUCUUUAGACAAACUAGUUGAAAUGGCCUGGGUGGAAAUCCUUACAAAGUAUGCUGUGGGAGAAGAGUGCGACUUCCUGGUGGGUAAAGACAAAACUUUACGAGUAAAAGUGGUGAAGAUUCACCCUUUGGAAAACCCUGAGGUAGAGCCAGCUGAGAAGAAGCUUGAAGGUGCCUGUGACUCCCCGUCCAGCGACAAGGAGAACGCCAGCCAGGAGAACCAGAGGAAGGAGCCCCCUGCUCGAGAUGAGGAGAACAGGAGGGAGAGUCUGAGUGACAGGGCAAGGCGUUCUCCAAGGAAACUAGCCACCGCCACGAAAGAGGAAAAAAGGAAAUGGGUCAUGCCUAAGUUCCUUCCUCAUAAGUAUGACGUCAAGCUCAUCACUGAGGAUAAGGUGAUCUGUGACGUCCCGGCAGACAGCCUUUUUAGAACGGAGCGCCCUCCGACCAAGGAGAUCAUGCGCUACUUCAUCAGGCACUACGCUCUGAGGCUGGGCAAGGGAGAAAGUGCUCCCUGGGUAGUCGAGGAUGAGCUGGUGAAAAAAUUUAACCUCCCCAGCAAAUUCAGUGACUUCCUCCUUGAUCCACACAAGUUUCUGGCAGAGAAUCCUUCCACAAAGCGUAAAAGCAUGACAUCUCCUGAAGGUAAACCCAACAAGAAACUUAAGACGGCUGACACUCCUGGAGAGGAUUCAGGAAACGAGAAUGCGGAAAAGAAGAAGAAAAAGAAGAAAGAUUCCCUUGGCCUGCCCCUUAGUCCCACACUCUGGGGGCACAUGCAGAAAAUGAACGGCUCUCCACUCAAAGUGAAGAGUUCUGGGAAAGGAGAAGGCAAAAGCUCCGCUCCCUCCACUCCAAAGUCUGUCCGGAAAAGUGGGGACAAAAAAGAGGGGAAGAAAAGUGGAAAGAACAGUGACAAGAAGCUCAAUGUUCUGAAGAGAAAAGAGGGCAAAGCUGGUGCGAAAACUCCAAAGAUGAAGCAGAUGACUCUGCUCCACCUAGCAAAGGGCACCCCGGCGGGGAGCCCGAAGAAGAGAGCCCGCAGCUCUGGCCUGGGCACACCCAAACUCGGAAAGCCGCUGCACCCCAUGGCUCUCCACCUCCUCCGUUACUAUAAGGAGAACAAGGGGAAGGAGGAUAAAAAGAACUCCCUUUCCUCCCUCAUCUCCAAAACUGCGAAAACCUUGUCAGCCGAUGAUCGUGGCCGCCUUCCCGAGGAGCUCAGGGAGCUGGUGCAGAAACGCUGGGAGCUGCUGGAGCACAAGAAACGCUGGGCCGCCAUGAGUGAAGAGGAGCGCACGGAGGUGAUGAAGAAGAAGCGGCAGGAACUCAAAGAGAAGCUAAGGGAAAAGGCCAAGGAGAGACGCGAGAAGGAGAUGCUGGUUCGCCGUGAACAGUCACGCCGGUACGAGGACCAAGAGAUCGAAGAAGGCAAAAACCUGCCCAUGUUCAAGCUGGUGGACAUGCCCGAGGGGUUGCCCAACACCCUGUUUGGCAGCGUGGCCAUGGUCGUGGACUUCCUCCACUGCUACGCGGGGCUGCUGAUGCCCAACGACCAGUACCCCAUCACGGCGGUGGCUCUGAUGGAGGCGCUGGCAGGGGAGCGCUCCGGCUUCCUCUACCUGAACCGCGUGCUGGUGGUGCUGCUCCAGACGCUGCUGCAGGACGAGCUGGCCGAGGGCUACAGCGAGCUGGACAUGCCCCUGUCCGAGAUCCCCCUGACCAUGUACUCGGCGUCGGAGCUGGCGCGGCUGUGCCUGCGGCCGUGCGACGCCCACGGCGAGGAGAGCGCACAGGGGUCGGAGGACUCCGGCGCCGUGGGCGGCUACGACGACGUGGUGACCAGCGAGUUCCUGGAGAAGCUCGAAACCUUCGAGGUCUUUGAGUUGAGCCAAGAGGACAAGGUCAACCUGCUGGUGGCUUUGUGCCACCGUAUCCUGAUGACUUACUCGGUGGAAGACCACGUGGAUGCAAAGCAGCAGCGGUCCGCCGAGCUGUGGAAGGAGCGCCUGGCGAUGCUGAAAGAGGUCAAUGACCGCAAGAAGGCUGAGAAGAAAAAGCAAAAGGAGAUGGAGAGCAAAGGUGAGAAGAAAAAAGAGGGGGGCGCUAAGAAGGACAACAAGAAAGAAGUGAAGGUGGAGCCCGAGGAUAUGAUCAGCACCGUGAAGAGCAGGCAGCUGAUGGCUCUGCAGGCCAAGAAGGAGAAAGAGGAGCUGGACAGGCAGAACAAAGAGCGAAUGGAGAAGGAGGCCGAGGAGGAGAGGAUACGGAAACAGAGAGUUGCUGCAGAGAGAGCGUUUCAGGACGGAAUUACUAAAGCCAGACAGGUGAUGCGGAGGACUCCGCUCGGCACAGACAGAAAUCAUAACAGAUAUUGGCUUUUUUCUGAUGUGGUCCCUGGUCUGUACAUCGAAAAAGGCUGGGUCCAUGAAAGCAUCGACUACAGCUUCACUCCUCCACCUGAGGAGAAAUCCCCUGAGCCUGAGGUGGAGGAAGAGGACGAUGCGGAGGCAGCCUCUGCUCCUGAUUUACAAGGAGCCGAGAAGGACGAUGGAAGUAUAGACGGUGCUAUGAGUGAAAGCGCCCAGCAGGGGGCAGCACCAGACAUCUGUAUUGAAACCACCAUUCCCAAACAGGGCCAGAACCUCUGGUUUGUUAUUGACAAUCCAACUGAAUUGGAGGAGCUGGUGGAAAGUCUUCAUUCUCAGGGGGUCAGAGAAAGUGAACUGAAGGCCAAGAUCCAAAGCAGGUAUCAAGAUAUCCUUCACUCCAUCCAUUUGGCCCGGAAGAGCAAACAGGGCCUCCGUACCUGUGAUGGCUACACGGAGCUGCUCAAUUUCAUGCGUACUGACAUCCAGGAGAUAGCCUCAAGGCUUCAGAAGGGAGGCCUGGGCUACCUCGAUGACAACACAGACAUUGAAGAACAGCUGAAAGACAUGGAGAGCUUGAAGGAAUUCGGCGAGUGCGUCAUCACUCUCCAGGCCUGCGUGAUCAAAAAGUUCCUGCAAGGAUUCAUGGCCCCCAAGCAGAAAAAGAAGAAGAAGCAAGGAGGCGAGGAAAGCAGUAAGGCCGAAGAGGUGGACGAGGAAAAGAGAAUAGCGGAGGAGGCCAGGGUAGCCACAGCGGUAGAGAAGUGGAAGACGGCCAUCAGGGAAGCCCAGACCUUCUCCCGCAUGCACGUGCUGCUGGGGAUGCUGGAUGCCUGCGUGAAGUGGGACAUGUCGGCCGAGAACGCGCGCUGCAAAGUCUGCCGCAAGAAAGCGCUCAGACAGAAGCCGUCUGUGCUGAGGCUGUCGGAGCGUGGCACCAGGGAAGGACAGGGCCGCCGCAGCGCCAGGAGCAGAGCAGGGACUAGUUGUGUCAGACAGGUCUACAUGCGAGCCCACAAGCCUACAGGCGAUGAUGAGAAACUCAUCCUCUGUGACGAGUGCAACAAGGCCUUCCAUUUGUUCUGCCUGCGACCGGUGCUGCACCGCAUUCCUGACGGAGAGUGGCUGUGCCCGGCCUGCCAGCCCACCACGGCCAGACGUGGCUCCCGUUCAAGGAACUAUAACCAAGACACAGAGGAGGAAGAGAGCGAGGAGGAGUCCGAGGAGCAAGAGUCUGACGAGGACGAAGAAGACGAGGAAGAGAGCUAUUACAAAGCCAUGGGGCACAGCUUGAGACCAAGGAAAAAAACCAAGCAGCCCUCAUCACGCCAGAAAAACCCCAAGAGUAAAGCCAAGAAGCCUGCCUCAUCCGGCACCCUGAGCAAGCAGAGGGCGGGCCCCAACAGCCCCGCAGACAUCGACGAACUGGUGCGGCAGAGUUCCCAAACAGGCGUUCGCAGGCAGGUGCUGGAGCUGGAGAGGUGUGAGGACAUCCUCAAGAAGCUGGUGAAGUUCCGCCACAGCUGGCCUUUCAGGGAGCCGGUUUCCCCGGAGGAGGCCGAGGAUUACCUGGACAUCAUCUCGCAGCCCAUGGACUUCCAGACCAUGCUGGGCAAGUUCAGCCAGGGCUCAUAUCGCCACGCCCAGGACUUCCUGGAAGACGUGAAGCUGGUCUUCGCCAACGCAGAGGAGUACAACCGGCAGGGCAGCACGGUGCUGUCCUGCAUGGUCAAGACGGAGCAGAGCUUCACCGAGCUGCUGCAGAAGCUGCUGCCCGGCCUCAGCUACCUCCGGCGCCACUCCCGCAAACGCCUCAGUCGAGCCCAAGACACGUCCGAGGAGGAGGAGGAGGAGGAUGAAGAUCCGGAGCCCAAGAAGAAGAUGCAGAACGGCAAAUCCCGCCGGAGGCCAACCAGAAACAGGCGGAGACGGAAGAACCAGGAGAGCGAGAGUGAAGAAGAGGAGGAGGAGGAGGAGAAUGAAGAUGAGGAUGAUGGCAAGAGGAGAAGUAAGAGGUCCUCCGCCACCUCGGAAAAGAGGGAUUACAGGGAGCAGGAGAGCGACGAGGAGCGGGGAACGCGAAGAACUCGUCGGCGGGGGGGGCGGGGCGACGCGGAGGCGGCGAGCAGCGACGAGGAGCGGCGCCGACAGCAGCGACAUUCCAAGAGACUCAAACGCUCCUGA